AUGUCUUUAGUGGCUGCUAGUAAUACUAAUUCCUUAUCUUUUGGUUUGCUACCAGUAGAAACUUUAGAUUUAAUCAUCAGUCACUACGUCAAAAUGGCUCCUCGUGCUGCUUCAGAUCCUAUGAAUUGUGCGGACAUGGCUUUUUUAUUGCUCAAUUCUUAUAAAGAUUUGUUAAAUCUACGAUUAGUUAGCAAAUCUUGGGCUUCAGCUGUUAUUCCUUUUGCUUAUAAAUCUGUCUAUUUGGAGCAAGUGUUUGAGGGUUUAUUGAGUGAUGAUCAUGAGGGAACAGAUGCUGUGGCAAACAUGUUGGACACAUCGGCAAUUCCAAUGGAUGUGUUAAUAAUUCAUGGUAGCAAGGAGGUCAUUGUUUUAAACGAAUCAAAUUCUAUUAAAUCAGUACUCGAAUCAACACCUCAUUUAGAAUCGUUGUCAAUUUCGUGUGGCUCUUUGAAACCUCUAGAUAUAAAACCUGGGUCUUUACCAAACUUAACACACCUGUGGUUGCGAUGUCAUUCCUCAAACUUGAACGCUUUUGGGGUUUUAUGUCAUUGUGUAAAACAAAGCGUGAAGUUACUGGAAUGUAUACCAACCCAAGAUCGGGAUCUAGCUGGUCCAAUCAUUCUGUCGUUCCGUGAACAUUUAGAAUCUUUCUUCAUGGUAUCAAUUCCUUACCGCUUACCACAUAGUGUUGCGCAUACUCAUUUUCCUUGA